CCCGAGCUAUACAUACUAUAUCCAUCCCCCACUUGACAAUGUCCUCCCAGACCGUCCUCCGCCAUACCACCCGCACGACAUGGGACAACCUCGUCUCCGUGCAGGAACCCACCCCCACCGCGGGAAAGCACGAAGUCCUCGUCAAAGUGCGCAGCGUGGCCCUCAACUUCCGCGACAUUGCCAUCUCCGUGGGCAAGUACCCCUUCCCCGUGAAGGAGGACGUGGUCCCCGGCUCUGAUGCCGCCGGAGAUAUCGUUUGCGUGGGCGAGGGUGUCGCCGGCUUCGCGGAGGGGGAUAAGGUCGUUGUGGCGUUCGAUCUCGCCACCGCGUAUGGCCCGAUCAAGGGCUGGGGAAGUGGGCUGGGUGGGCCCGUGGAUGGUGUCUUGAGGGAGUAUAUCGCCGUGCCGGCGCAGGCUGUUGUCAGGGUUCCCGAGGCGUCCACGCUGAGUUAUGCCCAGUGGGCGAGUGUCGUCUGCACGGGGGCGACGGCGUGGAAUGCCCUGUAUGGGAACCUUCCUCUGCGGCCGGGCCAGUCGGUGCUUUUCCUGGGGACCGGGGGUGUGUCGAUCACCGGCCUGGUGCUGGCCAAGGCGGCCGGGGCCACCACCAUCAUCACGUCUUCUUCCGAUGAGAAGCUCGCGCACGUCAAGGCCAAGUACGGCGUCGACCACACCAUCAACUACAAGACGACCCCCAACUGGGCUGCCGAGAUGAACAAGAUCACCGGCGGGAACGGUGUGAAUUAUAUCCUCGAGACCUGCGGUUCCGGGACCAUCAAGCAGUCCCUUGAGGCGAUCGCGUAUGGUGGAAUCAUUUCGGUCAUCGGAUUCCUCUCGCCCGCCGCUCAGGAGGAGAUGCCCGAUGUGGCCGGUCUGGUCAUCGGCAAGGGCGCCGUGGUGCGCGGCAUCAUGAUCGGCUCGAAGCAGUUGCUCGAGGAAGCCGUGCAGUUCAUCGGCGCUCGGGAUCUGGCUAUCCCCGUCGAGAAGACCUUCGCUUUCGGUCGCGAUCAGGUCGUGGAGGCGUUGGGAUAUCUGGCCAGUGGACAGCAUGUGGGCAAGGUCUGCAUCGACUUCUGA